AUGUUACGUGCGAAAGCGCUACCAGAGGUUCUAGGGCAGAUCGUGGGUGAUGGCAUCACUGCCUGCAUGUUAAUGACAUUGGAGGGGGCAUUAGUAGGCUCUGUAGGUGAUGGAGAUGCAUUGGAUCACAACGUGGUGGGCGCUAUCGCCUCUCACACGUGGGGAGAGUAUCUACACGCUGGCAAAGAGGCCAAUCCCACUGGAGAUCUCCGUUCGAUGCUCGUGGAACUCGAACGUGGUCGCUUGGCGAUGACUAUGACGGGCAAAAACUUCUUGCUCUGUGCAUAUUCGAGCACGGACACACCGGCUGGACUGCUCAAGGCAAAGGUCGAGACACUGGGGACGUACUUGUCGGCAUCGCUGGACCAGAUCGAAAUGUAA